AUGAAGGCUGCACCUCUGCUCGUCUCGUGGCACGACAACAACGAUCCCAUCUACUCUGCGACCUUCGAACCUCAAGGUAGAGGGCGACUAGCUACGGCUGGAGGUGAUUGCCAUGUCCGCCUCUGGAGCGUCGAAUCUGCUGGUGAUGAACGCAACGUGACAUAUCUAUCGACGCUCAAGAAACACACCCAAGCCGUCAACGUUGUCCGAUGGUGUCCUCGAGGCGAGCUUCUGGCCACGGCUGGCGACGACGGCAAUGUACUCCUCUGGACCCCCUCCGACAACCCAGCCUAUGCCGCGAGCUUCGGAGACGAUCAACUAGAAGAUAAGGAACAUUGGAGGGUGAAGACAAUGUGCCGCUCGAGCAGUGGUGCCGAGAUAUACGAUCUGGCCUGGUCGCCUGAUGGGCUGUUCUUCAUCACAGGGAGCAUGGACAACGUUGCACGGAUCUACAAUGCGAGUACAGGUCAAACAGUACGCCAAAUCGCCGAGCACAACCACUACGUACAGGGCGUGGCUUGGGAUCCGCUGAAUGAAUAUGUUGCAACGCAGUCUUCCGAUCGUUCGGUCCACAUCUACACCCUCAAGACCAAGGAUGGCCAAUUCACCCUGAAUCAGCACAACAAAGUCACCAAGAUGGACCUACCUGGACGGCGAAUAUCCUCAAAUAGCCCUGCACCUCCAGACUUUGGGCUCGGUAACCACAGAGCUGCCUUCGUCCAAGACCUGACAUCUGAAGCCAUCGCAUCUCCAAAGCCAUCAGCGCCUGGCACGCCACAAUCACUUGCGUUACCGAUGAACCCGCCGCCCACGUCACAUAGUCGAAGGUCUUCGUUUGGCUCACAAUCGGUGCGAAGAUCAGUCUCGCCGUCGCCCUCAAUGCCAUUGCCCGCUGUCAUGCCGUCUGCUUCUCCAAGCCUGUCCGGCGGAGUUGGCUUGGGGGUACGCAACACGAACAUCUAUGCGAACGAGACAUUUACUUCCUUCUUUCGGCGUCUGACGUUCGCGCCAGAUGGCAGUCUUCUGUUCACUCCCGCUGGACAAUUCAAGACUACUCAUCCAGCCGUUGAUGGCGCCAAGUCGACGGACGAGAUUAUCAACACCGUGUACAUUUACACGAGGGCUGGUCUGAACAAGCCUCCCGUGGCAUACCUUCCUGGUCACAAGAAGCCGUCGAUUGCUGUCAAAUGCUCACCUGUCUACUACCAGAUCCGGUCGGCCAGUGUUGAGACGAAGGAGAUCAUCAUUGAUUCCCGUGCAGCAGACGACAUACCACCACUGCCCGAACCUGUAUUGCCAUCUAAACCGCCGACGUCACAUUCGAGCAUGGACCCGCCACCACUCACAAGCGCGCCAUCACCCUCACCAAGUAUUGCAGCCAUGGCAUCGCCUCGGCCUAGAGCGGAUUCCGAGACCAACUCUGUACCGCAAGCAGCACCACCCCCAGGACCCACACCCGCCUUUGGCUUGCCAUAUCGGAUAGUAUACGCUGUGGCCACGCAAGAUGCCGUGCAUCUAUACGAUACACAACAGCAGAAGCCGUUGUGUGUGGUCAGUAAUCUGCACUACGCCACUUUCACGGACCUGACCUGGUCUUCCGAUGGCCUGACGCUUGUCAUGACCUCUUCCGACGGGUUCUGCUCUGCUCUGACGUUUGCUUCUGGCGAGUUAGGCACUGUAUACCACAUGUCGUCCACAGCCAGCACGAGACCCAGCCCUGCGCCCAUCUCGAUUGCGAAAGCAAAUUCGGCAGCGUCGACUCCUCAGCCUACACCCACUGGUUCUACAAUGUCAGCAGCGCCGGCAAUGGCACGACAACUCUCCAACAGCAACCCUGGAAGUGCUCACCCAACGCCUGCGCCUUCAGUCGCUCGCGCGUCACCUUCACCGUUUCCUAGCAUGACUGGGCCUGUUGGCGGACGGCCCGCCAGUCCUACGAGGAGCAUGUCGCAAUCGAGCAUAGCUACCGAGGCGAGCUUCGCACGAGUCCCAGAUCAGAAUGCACCGCCGGUCAUGAACAACCCAACACCAUCCAUGAGCGCAAUGCCAUCUUUGGCAGUUGCGGGAUCAUCAAAUCCAAACUCAUCGAUGCCUCUCUUCACCCCACCACAGACGCCCGGCCAGUCGCAGCUCAACGGGAGUAGCUACACCACGGUGGCAGCGAGCACAGGCAUGAAGCGAGAGAGCGUGGCGAGUACUGCAUCUGAAUCGGAUGAGCAAGGUCGAGAAAAGCGCAGGAGGAUCGCGCCGACCCCAGUCAACGAGGAGGCUCUUGCUCCUCCACCGGCACCGUCCGCACCAAAAGGUGAAAGUGGCGGAUAG